UAAGUCACUUCCUGACGUUCAGCGCACUCGCACUGCUUCUGACUCAUUUCGCAGGCGCCCAAGGUCAACUGUAACCCUCAAAAGCUCGCGACCAUCCAGUCCUGGUUCCGCCAGUCCAAGACGGUGUGGAAUCUCAAAGAGCUCGAGAAGCAACUCCCAUCCGUCGCGUCUAUCAACGGCAUGCAGACCAAAGACUACAUUCAGUCCCUCCAAGAUGACAACAAGAUCUCCUGCGAGAAGAUUGGCUCCGGAAACUGGUACUGGGACUUCCAAACCGAACGCGCCAAGAAGACCAAAUCAGCCUUCGCAGCCCUUGAAGCAGAGUGCGAGAGAGUGGCCGCCAUCAACUUGGAAUUUGAAAAACAGCUCAACGAGCAAGCAACAAUCCUGCAGGCAGAAAUGGAUGCCGCCGCAUUCGAAGGGCCCUCUCGUCCUCAGCUUGAAAUCCGCAAAUUAGACGUCGCUGCCGAAAUUGAGGCAUACCGGCUGCAAGUGGCGUCGUACAAGAACAACGACCCCACUGAGUUGGAAAACGAGAGGAGGGCUCUUCGACUGGACUUUGAUGAGGCGGAAAUGGCCACGGAGGACAUUUAUGCCCUCGAGAGUUGGUUCAAGAAGCAGGGUGCCGAGGCGCUGGUGGAAACUUUCCCUGAGCAGUAUUACACUCCACUGAAUCAGUGGAAUGAGGAGGAGGGCCAACUCAAAGAGGAAGAGUUGGAUUCGGAGGUGUUCGAUCAGUCUAUCACCCUGGGCUCUCCCGAAUUUGUGGAGAGUUUGUUCGCCCUUUGAUUGAGGAGAGAAUGUACGAGGGGGAGCGCGGUCUAGCAGGAAUACAGUGACUGCUGCGAAGGCAUUCUCUGCUCGAUCGCACCAUCAGAACGGC